AUGCCUGGUGUCAUACCUAGUGAAAGUAAUGGGCUUUCAAAAGGUAGCCCAUCCAAAAAAAAUAGACUUUCCUUGAAGUUUUUUCAGAAAAAGGAAACUAAGAGAGCCUUGGAUUUCACAGAUUCUCAAGAAAAUGAAGAAAAGGCUUCUGAAUAUAGAGGAUCUGAAAUUGAUCAAGUUGUUCCUGCAGCACAGUCCUCACCUAUAAACUGUGAGAAGAGAGAAAACUUGUUACCAUUUGUGGGACUGAAUAAUCUCGGCAAUACUUGUUAUCUUAACAGUAUACUUCAGGUAUUAUAUUUUUGUCCUGGUUUUAAAUCUGGAGUGAAGCACUUAUUUAACAUUAUUUCAAGGAAGAAAGAAGCCCUGAAAGAUGAAGCCAAUCAAAAAGAUAAGGGAAAUUGUAAAGAAGAUUCUUUGGCAAGUUAUGAACUCAUAUGCAGUUUACAGUCCUUGAUCAUUUCAGUUGAACAGCUUCAGGCUAGCUUUCUCUUAAAUCCAGAGAAAUACACUGAUGAACUUGCUACUCAGCCAAGGCGACUGCUUAACACACUCAGGGAACUCAACCCUAUGUAUGAAGGAUAUCUACAGCAUGAUGCACAGGAAGUAUUACAGUGUAUUUUGGGAAACAUCCAAGAAACAUGCCAACUCCUAAAAAAAGAAGAAGUAAAAAAUGUGGUAGAAUUAUCUACUAAGGUAGAAGAAAAACCUCAUCAGAAGGAGGAAAUGAGUGGUAUUAACACCACAGAGAUGGACAGUAUGAGGCAUUCUGAAGACUAUAAAGAAAAACUCACAAAAGGAAAUGGGAAAAGAAAAAAUGACAUUGAAUUUGGUAACCUAAAGAAAAAAAUUAAAGCCUCUAAGGAACACCAGUCACUGGAAGAGAACCAGAGACAAACCAGAUCAAAAAGGAAAGCUACAGGUGAUACAUUAGAGAUUCCUUCUAAAAUAAUCCCCAAGUAUGUUUCUGAAAAUGAAAGUUCAAGACCCUCACAAAAGAAAUCAAGAGUUAAAAUAAAUUGGUUAAAGCCUGCAACUAAGCAACCCAGCAUUCUUUCUAAAUUCUGUAGUCUGGGGAAAAUAACAACAAACCAGGGAUCCAAAGGACAGUCGAAAGAAAAUGAAUAUGAUCUUGAAGAGGACUUGGGGAAGUGUGAAAAUGAAAGCACAACUAAUGGUUGUGAACUUGAAUCUCCAGGGAAUAAUGUUAAGUCCGUUAAUGUUAAUGAAGUUAAGCCCAUAAACAAAGGUGCAGAGCAAAUUGGUUUUGAGCUAGUAGAGAAAUUAUUUCAAGGUCAGCUGGUAUUAAGGACUCGAUGCUUAGAAUGUGAAAGUUUAACAGAAAGAAGAGAAGAUUUUCAGGACAUCAGUGUGCCAGUACAAGAAGAUGAGCUUUCCAAAGUAGAAGAGAGUUCUGAAAUUUCUCCAGAGCCAAAAACAGAAAUGAAGACCCUGAGAUGGGCAAUUUCACAGUUUGCUUCAGUGGAGAGGAUUGUAGGAGAAGAUAAAUAUUUCUGUGAAAAUUGCCAUCAUUAUACUGAAGCCGAACGAAGUCUUUUGUUUGACAAAAUGCCUGAAGUUAUAACUAUUCAUUUGAAGUGCUUUGCUGCUAGUGGCUUGGAGUUUGAUUGCUAUGGUGGUGGACUUUCCAAGAUCAACACUCCUUUACUGACACCUCUUAAACUGUCACUAGAAGAAUGGAGCACAAAGCCAACCAACGACAGCUAUGGGUUAUUUGCAGUUGUGAUGCACAGCGGCAUUACCAUCAGUAGUGGGCAUUACACUGCUUCUGUUAAAGUCACUGACCUUAACAGUUUAGAACUAGAUAAGGGAAAUUUUGUGAUUGACCAAAUGUGUGAAAUCGGUAAACCAGAACCAUUGAAUGAGGAGGAAGCAAGGGAUGUGGUUGAAAAUUAUGAUGAGGAAAUGUCAAUUAGAGUCAGUGGAAAUACACAGCCAAGCAAAGUUCUGAACAAAAAAAAUGUAGAAGCUAUUGGACUUCUUGGAGGACAAAAGAGCAAAGCAGAUUAUGAGCUGUACAACAAAGCAUCCAAUCCUGAUAAAGUUGCCAAUACAGCAUUUGCUGAAAACAGAAAUUCUGAGACUAACAGUACUAAUGGGACUCAUGAAGUUGAUACAAACAAGGAAUCCAGUGACCAAACAGGCCUUAACUUUGGUGGAUUUGAGAACAAAAUUUCAUAUGUAGUGCAAAGUUUAAAGGAGUAUGAGGGAAAGUGGUUACUUUUUGAUGAUUCUGAAGUGAAAGUUACUGAAGAGAAGGACUUUCUGAAUUCUCUUUCUCCUUCUACAUCUCCUACAUCUACUCCUUACUUGCUAUUUUAUAAGAAAUUAUAG